UAAAAAUCCCUAGCAGAGCAUGAGUCCUCUAUCGCAUUGAUCAGGGCUCAUGUUGGGCACGGCGCCUGGCCUAUAGAGUAUAUGCGAGACUCGGGCGCAGUAAGGGAGCCUGGCCAAUUGGGGUCAGGUGUCCUCGCAUUCAAGGGCCUCCUUGAUGACCUACAAAAUCCCGAGCGGAGCAUGAGGCCUGUAUCGAGGCUAUCAGGUCUCAUGUAGAUGCCGGGUGCCUGGUCGAUUUCGGCCAGGCCUCCAGCGAUGAGCUCGCACCUCACCGUGGUGCUGGAGUCUAGUAGCCAGGGCGAACUGCCUAUGGUGAAGCUAAGACGAGCUCUCUCUUACCAAUAUGAUCAGGAUCACCCUCAGCAUCUGUGUAAGAGACACAAUGUUGCUCAAAGAAAUGAGCCAGAGCACACUUGUAAGAUUUUUCAUAUGGAGCAUGUAGUAGAACGCCGAAGGCCAAUAUGUAUCUGCAAAUUUGUGGAAUCGAACAUCACGUCUCUAGCAUCUGUUUUCUUCGGAUAUGACUCCAUCAAUAUAUCUAAUACACCGAUAUAAACAUUCAAAGAUGUCCUAAAUCUUAAGACUGGUGAGACCAGUGGGGUGUGUCGGAAGUAAACUAAGCCGGUGUGCCUGCAGUGAGGCGUCAUGGAAAAUUGCACC